AUGGUGGAUGACUCUCAGUGCCUCCUCAGCACCUCCUGCUUUUCUCUGGAGGAGGAGGAGAAAAGGAAUGCUGGCACAGGAGCAAGGAGCACAAGGGAGUCUCGCGGUGCCAAUUGUGAAGCAAUGAGACUGAUGAAUGCAGAUCUUCAUCCGGGCUCCCCUUUCCUAAUCUACGGGAUGGCCGUAGCAGGCGUUAAGACCAGAGAUAUUUUGCUGGAGCUGCGGGUUAUAAAGGAGGAACGGGAGCUGCUCAUGGCAGCACUCCUGAUUGAAAUUCAUAUCUGCGAAGAUAAAGAGACUUCUCUAAAGCUUAUUUCAAACCUUGAAUAUGAAGAAGAAGACGCUUCUGACGAAAUGCUAAUUCAAGCUGCCGUUGAUCUAAACGCGGACUUGGUUGGAGCUGCCAGCCAAAAUUUUGACAAAGUUCUUGGUGUAAAACACACUUGUCUGGACGCAAUGUUAGGAAAAGCGGCUUGUUUUGAAUUUAUGGAGGAAUACACAAGGGCUAUGUAUGAAUUAGAUCAGGCGGCUCUGCUAUAUCCAUGGUUUUAUCCUGCAACUUGUGAGAAGGCAAGGGUGGGAAUGCUGGUACAGGAUUGGGAUUGUAUCUAUGAGUCUUCUCAAGAAGUGCUACAGAAGGACCCAGAGAAUAUUGAUGCUCUGCGCCUUCAAACACAUUUUCUAUUGUGUAAGAAUAACAGUACUGUCACAUCCAUGUACCUACUUGGGAAUCUCGUGCGAAAUGUUUGCCAGAAAGAACCGAGAAAUGCAAGACUUUACAUUGAGUUUGCCCAACCUAUUGCCAGACUUGCCGGACGAGGUUCACCAGGUGUACUAAAUCAUACACUCUCUCUGGUUGAGAAGUCUCAGGUACUUGCUCCAAACAAUGGGAUAUAUCUUCUAGAGAUGGCAAAGGAGUUUUUUCUUCUAGGAGACUAUUCAGCUGCAAUCUCACGUUUCAGGCUUGCGUCCCAAAUGGAAGAUGUUAAAACUGAAGCGACGAAUGGUGUAAUUCAAUGCUUGCUCAUUUUGAAAAAUCUUGAUGAUGCCAGCAAGCUCUUACAAUCAGUGGAUGGAACAUCAUCUUUCGUCUUUUACCUCAAAGCUCAGCAGUCGUGGCUUGAGAAUCGGCAUGAGGCAUGUUGGGAGUUUCUUAACGGAGCACUGGAAUUGCAUUUAAAGUCAACAAGGAUCAGGCGAGACUAUCAGUUUUAUACAGAAAUAGAUCCUGACAUGAUUCUUGGAGCAGGACACCUUUACCUGGCAUUAUUUGCAAAGUGUACUACAAGAAAUGGCACUGUUAGCCUUACUAGACAGAUUGCAGCACUUGAGCUUCUUUUAUCAGCGGCACCUGGUUUCGUGAAUGCACAUGUUAUGCUUGCACGCACUCAUAUGGAAUUGGGGGAUUUAGAAGUAUCUCAGGAAUCUCUUCAAACUGCCCUUUUGCUCGAUUCAACUUGUGCCUGCGCUUAUAUUCUUUUAGCUCAGGUAUUGGAAUCUGCUAUCAUUCUGCCAUCUAUGAACAGGGACAGUGAAAAACUGGAAUACUACUCAACGCAAGGCAAAAUGUUAAUGGACGAAAGCAGUGCAAAUAAAGUGAUGCUGUAUUUCCUACUUGCUAAGAUGCAGAUAAAAAUGCAAAAUUUUGCUGAAGCGGAAAAAACCAUUGAUGAUGCAAGUCGCUUAUUUUCAGGUCUACACGAGAAGGCUUUGGUGGAAGUAGCUAGAGCUGUUCUUUUCGUUGCAAAAGGAAAAAUUGAUUUGGGAAUAGAAAUACUACACCACAUUCCUUGUGAUAGCCACUGUCUAAUAGAAGCAAGGACAGCAAUGGCUCACAUAUAUUUGGAGCAUAAAGGUGACAAAAUGCGGUUUCUACAGUGCUUCUCGGAGCUGGCUGAGCUUUUCCCAAGUGCCAAGAUGCAUUUGAAGCUAGCUGACGCAUUUAAUAAAGUUAAUGAUCCAAUUCGAGCAAUGAAAUCGUUGGAGUCGGCAUUGAAGAACAGUCCGAAUGAUGCAUCAAUUAUCAAAAAGCUUGGGAACGCAUUGAUAACAUGUCAUGAGUAUCAAAGAGCUAAGGUUUGCCAAGAAAAUAAUGACUUGGACUCCGCCAUAUUGUUUUUAAGCGAAACCCUGAACGAUUGUCCUGCUCAUACUUCAGCACUUCUGUUGUUGUCCAACAUUCACUUAGUAAGGGGUGAAUUAAGCGAAUGUGAGGUUAAUUGUGCCAACUUAUUGAAAGUGGAUAUGACGAGCUCAGAUGGUGGUAAGCUGUUAAUUCUGGUUUUACUACAGAGAGAAAUGUAUGAUGCUGCACUUUCAAGCAUGCAGCAACUCCUUCAGAGAGAUCCUACUUGCUACAUUGUUCUUGAACAACUAUUCAACUAUGCACGUAGUGAUGCCAAAUGGGGAAAACGUGCUCUACUUGCAAUGAUUGAAAUUUAUUCUCAUAUUGACGAUGAAUUAUUUCAUGACGAGGAGAACCUUGAGUUCACGGUUCCAUAUGUGAAAGUGGAGGACGGAGAUGCUGAAGCUGCACUCGUAAAAAUUAACAAAGCUGCAGCCAGAGAAAAGGAUCACGUCCUUUUAAUGCUUUGCCGUGCUGUUGCUUUAAUGAUACUUAACCAGACUGGGAAAGCAAAAGCUGAACUUCGGAGCAUUGACAGAUUGACAUACAAAUGGAAUGAAGGGAUAAACUUUGAGAGGGCCUGGCUAAUGCUUGCUCAGACUUACCUUCAGGCUGGUAAGCUGGACGUAGCUGAACAGCUAUGUAGGAAAUGUAUAAGCUAUAACAGAUCAUCAUCGAAGGCGUGGGAGUUCCUUGGAGUAGCGAUGGAGAGAGGUAACGCAUACACUGAAGCUGCAAAUUUCUAUCAAUGUGCGUGGAAACACCAACGAGGGUCUUCCCUCACCGUUGGAUACAAACUAGCAAGGGUCUACCUUAAAUUGAAGAGGUACAUGGACGCGAUUGCAAUAUGUCAAGCUGUAAUGCAGCUAUUUCCCAACUCUAUCAAGAUUCGCAGGGAUGUCCUGGACAAGGCAAGAAAGUGUAUACGAUUUUAG